AUGGAUGGAGCAAAUCACUCAGUUGUGUCCGAGUUUGUGUUCGUUGGACUCACCAACUCUUGGACAAUUCAACUUCUCCUCCUGGUGAUCUCCUCCAUGUUUUAUGUGGCAAGCAUGAUGGGGAACUUCCUUAUUGUGUUCACAGUGGCUUCUGACCCUCACUUACACUCUCCCAUGUACUUUCUGUUGGCCAAUCUCUCCUUCAUUGACCUUGGUGUUUCUUCUGUCAUUUCACCCAAGAUGAUUUAUGAUCUUUUCAGAAGUCGCAAAGUCAUCUCUCUUAGAGGUUGCAUUGUUCAGAUCUUCUUCAUCCAUGUCAUUGGUGCUGUGGAGAUGGUUCUUCUCAUAGCCAUGGCCUUUGACAGAUAUAUUGCUAUAUGCAAGCCUCUUCAUUACUUUACUAUUAUGAAUCAAAAAAUGUGUUAUUUGCUUCUGAUUUCUGCCUGGGUAAUUGGUCUGACCCACUCAGCAGUUCAGUUGGUUUUUGCUGUAAAAUUGCCAUUUUGUGGUCCUAAUGUAUUGGACAGCUUUUACUGUGAUCUUCCUAGGUUCAUCAAACUUGCCUGCAUAGACACCUAUAGUCUGGAGUUCAUGGUUACAAUCAACAGUGGAUUUAUUUCUCUAGGCUCAUUCUUCAUAUUGGUCAUCUCUUACAUUUUUAUUGUCAUCACAGUAUGCAAACAUUCUUCAAGUGGUUCAUCUAAGGCCCUUUCUACAUUGUCAACUCAUAUCAUGGUGGUGAUUCUAUUUUUUGGUCCUUGUAUUUUUGUUUAUACAUGGCCAUAUCCAGCAUCACACCUAGACAAAGUGCUUGCCUUUUUUGACGCAGUUUUCACUCCAUUUCUAAAUCCAGUUAUUUAUACAUUCAGGAACAAAGAAAUGAAGACAGCAAUGAGAAGGACAUGUAACCAACUUAUUAUAUAUAGAAGAAUUUCCUAA